AUGUCUUACCUAUCUUACUCGUUGGCAGCAGCCUCAUUGUUCAUGACAUUCAUUGCCACCAUUCUGAAUGGUAUCUGCUACGCAAAAUCAAAAGCUUCGCCCGAUGUGGCCUCGACUAUCCUAAGUGCAGUGAGCUGCGUGGCUUUGAUUGCCAUCGGUCUACUGUACCACCGAAAUAUCCCAACCGGCCGUCGACAAUGCAUGUAUGUCGCCGGUGGAUAUUUACUUGUUGCCGCCGCAGCAUCUGCCGGGGCAAUGGCAAUGAGCCUUCGAACCUCGAUCUUCGUGGUUCGCUCUGUGUUCUGGGCACUAUCAGUAUUCGCACAGGGCUUGUACUGCGGAUAUCUCGCAGUAACACUAGCCCAAGAGAACUCCAACCCUGAAUGGCCGCGUGCCCACUCUCAAGAUAUCAACUCGCAAGAGCUCAAGGACAGCCCCCAAAGCCCUACUUUCCUCCCAUCACCCCCUCGAGUAUGCGACUUGUCCGAGCUAUUCGAGCCCAAAAGAUCCUCCCUCCGCAAAUUCCCCCGGCGGUCCAGCCGCUACUCUGACGCAACACUCUGUCCUUCCAGCACAAAGGAAGAGAAGAACGCGUCCAUCGACACCAGCUCCUCAACCCGCACCUCCCGGAGCCCAUCCCCAACACAGGACAAAAAGCCCGACACCCUCCCAUACCGGGACCCUCGCUCCCUGCCCCGGGGCACCCACAGCAUCCGCAGCAUGCCCAGCCUACGCCGCAGCCCACCAAGCGCACUCUCCUUAGACCGGCUAGUGCACCCCAUGCCGUCGCCAACAGCGUCGACAAUCCGCGUCGACUCCCCCACGCAGUCCAGCUCCAACAGCUCAACGUGGGAAUACAACCCCUUCGACGAGAACAACAUCCACCCUCUCUUCCGCUCAACUAGUCCCUGUCCAUCGCCCACCUUUGCGCCGGGCACAAUGGUCAAGGCCUCACCGAGCGCGGGACAGACUAUCACGGCCGGCACGAUCACGCGCAUGCGGUCUGCCCGCUCCCUCCGCGACCAGGCGAUGCGCACGCCCUCCCCAUUGCCGGAGUCGGACGAGAGCUUCCGCCCGAGGCCGACUCGUGGUUUUGCUCGUUCGCAUUCCGAGAAGAGAUAUGAAUUGAACGAAUCCCCUUAUGAAAAGUGA